AUGGACGUCGUGACGCCACACAUCAGCUCGGUGCUGAGGACGUACCAGGCGAGCGCACCGCGAAGCCUGCAGGGUCCCGGCGUCGGGAGAACGGGCCUUCCGCCUGCCCCGCCGCCGCCUCUGCCGCGGGCUGCGCCACCUAUCCUUCUCACCGCCGACCCGGUACUCGGCGAACGCGGCGAGACCGCUCUAGAAGGCGAACCGAUCUCGUGCUUCAGCGUCGGCGGGGAGCGGAGGCUCUGUCUGCCUCAGAUCCUCACCUCGGUGUUGACAGACUUCAGUUUGGAGCAGAUAAAUCGCGUGUGUGAUGACUUACAAAUCUACUGUUCACGGUGCACUCCUGAGCAGCUGCAUGAAUUGAAGUCGACGGGCGUGCUGCCGCGGAGCGCGCCGUCGUGCGGCCUGAUUACGCAGACGGACGCAGAGCGGCUCUGCGCGGCUUUGCUGCACGCGCCCGCUGCAGCGGCGAAAAAGCUACCGGGCUUCAGGGUGUACCAUGAGUGUUUUGGGGGUGCGCGUGGGGUGUGCGCGCCUGAACUGGGACUAGUGCAGUGCGUGGAAUGCCGUGGGGUGUAUGUCCCACGUCGGUUCGUGUGCCACACGCACGCCACAGAACACCGCACGUGCCAUUGGGGUUUCGAUUCCGCGAGGUGGCGUCGGUUCCUCCUGGUGUCUGAUGAGGAACUGGAUAAGGAGAAGUGCGAGGCGCUUUUGGACGACGUGGCGACUAGAGAGCCUAGGGAGGUUCAUGUACCCACGCACACGCUGGUGAAACAGUUGCCAAUUAAGAGAAAACAGGUAUACUUGCAUGGGUUAAAAUUAGAGCGUGAACUGGACAUCCUUGUUGCCAGGCGGGCAAAACCGAUAUUGUACUAA